AUGGCCAGCUACCGUACCUGCACAGAAGUCGGCCCGCUCUGUCCGGUCGAGGCCACGACAUACGGCUACUACCCGAACCUAGCCGGCAACAUCUUCUUCACCGUCUUCUUCGGCAUCCUCGCUCUCUUCCAGCUCGGCAUCGGCGUCUACUACCGCACAUGGACCUUCAUGGUGGCGGUCGCCGUGGGCGCCAUCCUCGAACUGGCCGGCUACAUCGGCCGCGUGCUGAUGCACAGUAACCCAUGGAACUCCUCAGCCUUCAAGCUACAGAUCGUCUGUCUGGUCCUCGCACCCACCUUCGUCGCGGCGGGCAUCUACCUGACGCUGAAACACAUCAUCCUCGCCCUGGGACCCGAGCACUCGCGCCUGAAACCCGCCCUCUUCACCUGGAUCUUCAUCGGCUGCGACGUGGGCUCGCUCAUCCUGCAAGCUGCAGGCGGCGGCGUCGCCGCAGCAGCAGGAAAUACAAACCGCAAGCUGCUCCAGGCCGGAGACGACAUCAUCAUCGCGGGUAUUGCGUUCCAGGUCGCGACGAUGUCCGUGUGCGGGUUUCUCGGGCUGGAGUUCUUCAUCCGCUACUGGAAACGGGGCCCUGGGCUGUCGGGCGAGAAGACCUCCCUCGGGAGAAACAUCAAAUGGGUCAUCGUCGGCGAGGUCCUCGCCUUCUUUACUGUUCUGAUCCGUUGUAUCUACCGUAUCCCCGAAAUGGCCGGCGGAUGGGGCAACCCCCUAAUGCAGAAGGAAAACGAGUUCCUCGUCCUCGACGGAAUGAUGAUCGCCCUGGCGGUCCUUGCCCUCACGGUCCUACACCCAGGGUUCUUCUUCGGCUCGAUCCGAAAGGGCCCCAAGAACCAGCCAUAA